AUGGUUCGCUUCGUUCACGAAACCCUCGUCCCUCAGGACGUCGACACCACUCUCCACCCCCGCGUCCUCGCCCUCGGCCUCCCCCGAUGUGCCACCUCGUCCCUCCAGUCCGCCCUCGAGACUUUGGGCUACACACCAUGCAUGCAUAUGGCGCACGUCCAACCAUCCGCCGAGCGUCAGCGCCUCGUCACGGCCGCCAUCCUCGAGCACGACACCGCCAAGCGCCACAAGAUCCUCGCGCAACUGUUCACGGGCUUCGGGGCCGUUGCAGACUUCCCCAGCAUCGUCUUUGCAGACGAUCUGAUGGACAUGUAUCCCGACGCGGCCAUCAUCCUCAACACGCGCAAGGGCGGCGCCGCAAGCUGGCACCGGAGCUUCGGGGAGGGGCUGCGCUUCUUCGACAGCUGGGGCUUCUGGGUGGCGACGUUCCUCGUGCAGAGCGACCGGGCGAUGAUGCGGAUGAUGAAGGCAACGGACGAUCUGUUCAUGCAGCGAUGGGGGUAUACCUUUCGCGAUGAGGAGAUCUAUGAGAGGCAUAAUGAAUGGGUGAGGGAGGAAGCCAAGAAGAGGGGCCGGCAGGUGCUGGAAUUCGUGGCGGAGGAUGGGUGGCUGUCACUCUGUGGGUUUCUGGGGAGGAGCAAGGUGCCACAGGAAAAGGAAUACCCGAGGAUGAACGACCAGAAGAACAUGAAGAUGGUCAAGCGAUUUAUCAUUGCGAGGGGCAUGUUGCACUGGGUUGGGUUGAUUCUAAUACUGUGGGCUGUGUCCAAGGUAGGCGUCGUCCUGCCACAUGGCUCUUCUUUGGUUGCCUUCGUCAAGGCUCAGGAAGCAUGA